UGUAAGAAGUAGAAACAAACAUGUCCCGGGAAAGCUGAAACAGAAUCCACGUCCGGCAAGUAAAACUGGCGUGCGCGUGGAGGUGUGAAGCCGUCUGUGCUGACUCAUUUACAGCCACCGUCCAACCCAUCCUCUCUCUUCUUCCCCUCUUCCCUUCCAUUUCUCUCCUCUUCCACCAAACCCAACCAGAGAAAUUCUCCACAAUUUCCAGAUCAAACCCUCGAAUCCUCCGAACCCUCUUGAUCCGCCCCAAUUUUCCCUCCGCUGCGUCGCGAUCCGGCUCGAUCCGCAUGGAGCGCGUCUUCUCCGUGGAGGAGAUCCCCAACCCCUACUGGGCCCCGCCGCAGCCUCAAGCGGCGGCAACCGGCGCUGUUGCUGCGCCAGGAGGCGGAGGAGGAGGAGCGGGGGCAGCGUGGGACGCGGCGGGCGCGAUGAACCGCUGCUCCUCGGAGUGGUACUUCCAGAAGUUCCUGGAGGAGGCCGUGCUCGACAGCCCGGGGCCCGUGGCGGGCGUGGGGAGGGGCCGCGGUGGAGGUGGUGGAGUUGAGGCGGCGGAGAGCAAGCCGCUGGGGGUCGCGGCGGCGGCGGCCUCGGGCGCGGUUGUUGACCCGGUGGAGUACAACGCGAUGCUGAAGCAGAAGCUGGAGAAGGACCUCGCUGCCGUCGCCAUGUGGAGGGCCUCUGGUGUGACGCCUCCAGAGCGUUCUGCAGCUGGUUCGUCCUUGCCAAAUGUGGAUGUUUCACAUGCAGGCCCCUUUAAUCCCAUUGGAGGUAAUAGGAUUCCAGUUGAAAACAAGCUAGCUGUUGCUCCAGUUGAGGAAUCAGGUCCACAAGUGGUACAAAAUGCUGAUAUCCUUGUUAAGCAAGCCACUAGCUCUUCCUCACGAGAGCAAUCAGACGAUGAUGACAUGGAAGGAGAAGCUGAGACUACUGGAAACGCAAACCCUGUUCAGCAGAGACUGCAGAGAAGGAAGCAAUCCAACCGAGAAUCAGCUAGGCGUUCAAGAAGCAGAAAGGCAGCUCACUUGAAUGAACUGGAGGCACAGGUAGCACAGCUAAGAGUUGAAAACUCUUCGCUGUUAAGGCGCCUUGCAGAUGUUAAUCAGAAGUUCAAUGAGGCUGCUGUUGACAAUAGGGUGCUAAAGGCAGACGUUGAAACCUUAAGAGCGAAGGUGAAGAUGGCAGAGGAUUCUGUGAAGCGGGUGACAGGCAUGAACGCUUUGUUCCCUGCCGUAUCUGAUAUGUCAUCCCUUAGCAUGCCAUUCAACGGCUCCCCAUCUGACUCUACCUCCGACGCGGCUGUCCCCAUCCAAGAUGACCCAAACAGUUACUUUGCCAAUCCAAGCGAGAUCGGAGGUAACAACGGUUACUUGCCAGAGAUGGCUUCCUCGGCUCAAGAGGACGACGAUUUCGUCAACGCAGCACUGGCUGCUGGGAAGAUAGGCAGAACAGCCUCGCUGCAGCGGGUGGCGAGCCUGGAGCACCUCCAGAAGAGGAUGUGCGGAGGGCCAGCUUCAUCCGGGUCAACCUCCUAGACGUAUGCUCCACUGGAAGGCCCCGAGAGCAACAGUGAUAAUUUGACAAUUUCGACAUACAUUGUAGUGGACAUUGCUAAUCCUGCGAUGCGGAUUUGUUCGUUGUGGACAUAUAUGGUCAACUGGUCAUUGACUUAUUGUGCAUUCUUUAAAUGGAUCUCUAGUAGUCAUGC